AUGCGCAAUUACGAACUGGUGGGCUUGGGCCGUUCGGUCGCCAACAUUUCCAAAAAGGCUUGGGAUAUCCAGAAGCAAUCCAUUCAUGACCACCUCGAGGGCUCGUCCAUUGUGAGCGGUCUCAAGGGUUGUGUAGUGAGCUCAGUAUGCCCACCUGCUCCACUUUCGACUGCCAAUGGAACCAUUCCUAGAGAUCCUCCUGCCCAGACAGGACCCACGGGCCUGACUCCUGGUGUGCCCAAUGGUCCGUUGGGAUCAGGGUCUAGCUCAGCCAAGAUGGUCUUUGAUCCCUUCAACAACAAGCGACCCACAAUCAACGGCAACUCCGUGGAUCCUUCCACCAAGCGAAUGUAUUCGUCGUCCUCCGACAAGGGACCUUCCAUUGGCGAAGAGAUCAUUGGAGCGGAGGUGCCCAAAGAUCGGAUCAUUGGAGAGAAGGAAAUCAGAGAAGAAAUGAUGUCUUCUGCUGUGCCCUCCGGUCGAUUCGAGCGACUCUUCCACUACGGCACUUUGGCCACUGGUCUCGGUGUUGGUGCUCUGGGUGAAGGUUUCCGACGUCUCACCGGAGACAACUCUCACGCCGGAUCUCUGGUGCUUACCCCCGGCAAUGUGGAACGUCUCGUCAAGUCGCUGUCUCAGAUGCGAGGAGCUGCCCUCAAGAUUGGCCAGCAGCUAUCCUUCCAGGACUCUCGAGUCUUCCCGCCUGAGAUUCAGCAGAUCUUCUCUCGAGUCCAGAACAGUGCCAACUACAUGCCCGCCGAGCAGCUCCACAAGGUGCUUACCAAGGAGCUCGGCCAAGGAUGGAGAAACGAAUUCUUUUCUUCCUUUGAGGACAAGCCCAUUGCCGCUGCUUCUAUUGGCCAGGUUAACACCGCUGUUCUGCGAGACUCUUACGAGCCCGUCGCCAUCAAGAUUCAAUACCCAGGCGUGGCUGACUCCAUUGACUCCGAUCUUAACAACCUGAUGAUUCUCAUGACUGCCUCCAGCAUGCUGCCCGAGGGUCUAUUCCUUGACAAGACUGUUGCUAACGCUCGAGUAGAGCUCAAAUGGGAGUGUGACUACAUCCGGGAGGCACAGAACCUGGAGCGAUUCCAGGAGCUCCUGGCCGACUACCCCGACUACGUUGUUCCCAAGGUCUAUCAUGAGGCUUCCACCGACAAGGUGCUGACCAUGCAGAGACUUCGAGGCCAAGAUAUCGUAAAGGGUCCCUGGGAUCAGGACACGAAGAACUGGAUUGCUACCCGAAUAAUGGAGCUGUGUUUGCUGGAGAUUGCGAAGUUCAAAUUCAUGCAGACCGACCCCAACUGGGCCAACUUCCUGUACAACCCCAAGACCCAUAAGUUGGAACUUCUCGACUUCGGUGCCUCUCGAGGCUACUCCGACCAGUUCAUUAACGACUACCUCAACUGCUUGCGAGCAGCCGUUCGAAAGGAUCGAGCUUCUUGUGAAAAGUACUCUCUUGAACUCGGAUACCUUACUGGUCUCGAGUCGAAAGCAAUGCUCAAUGCCCACAUCGACUCCAUGAUCACUCUUGGUGAGCCUUUUAACGGCGAGAACGGAGGGGGAGACUUCAACUUUGCCAACCAGACUGUCACCGAUCGAGUUCGAGAGAACAUUGGUGUCAUGCUCAAGGAACGACUGACCCCUCCUCCUGAAGAGACUUACGGUCUGCACCGAAAGCUUUCCGGUGCUUUCCUUCUGUGUGCCAAGCUCAAUGCCGAGGUUCCUUGCCAGAAACUGUUUGAGGACAUUGUUGGCCUUGAUGACCAAUCUUAG